GAGACAAAGAGAACGACACGCGCGCUCUUUCGACGCGAGAGUAAAAUAAACGUCGAAUAGUAGUAAAAUAUAUCUUCGAGGACCCACGCAAUAUUUGGCGACGACAGAAAAUCGUCAGUUGACCGUCUUUACGGUAAAUCAAAUCCAACGAUUUUCUUGCAAGAAGACAAAAGUGUGAUAUGGAGUGCAUGAUAUCAAGUCAUCAAUGAUUUGGAUCACUUUGACAACCGUACCGUUAUCAAGAUAACGUGGCAUCUGUGAUUUUUCGUUGAUUCAAUUAUAAAAAUUUAUUUAUCAAAAGUGAUUUAUUUUCGAUUGAUCAUCAAAUAAUUGAGGCGGGCGCGAAUAUCUCACAAGAGUAUCUUAUGCGUAAUAUUUAAUGAAGAUUCAUCGUAUUUACUAGCUUUAAUUAUAAUUAUGAGAACAGUGAUUUACAGGUGUUUUGGAUAGAACACCUGGAUUUCGUUUAGAAAGUCAAAAGUGAAUUUGUUCUAUUGCUGUGAAAAAUAUAUAAGUUGUACAUAUAUAUUUAUAAUUUCAAAAAAACGUUUACAACCUCAGAUUUCAUUCAACAUUUACACAAUGCAAUUAUAACAAGAACAAUUUAAUUCGACGAAGAUAUAAUAAAGGGUGACAAGAAGAAGAUAUAUAGAGCAAUAGAAAAAAAUUUUUACAUCCUACGAGGAUGCAGCGAGUCCUAAGCUUUCAAAUGACUCGCAAUAUCGACGAGUCAAGUGAAUACGUAACGAAACGAUUGUGUAUCUCGUUUCUCUUCUCGGUGGGUUUCCUCUGUCUUCUCUGCGGCUUUUUGUUAGGCCGCUUCGCCGUCGAGAGGUCAAUGGAAACUCAAGCGCAGAAGACGCGGGGCGAAUUGGCCGAGAAUGGUCUCCAGACAACGGAGCAUCUUCAGCAAGUGAUGCUUCUAGAAUUGACAAGAGCGUCGUUCGAUUUCAAACGUGCAAUAAAUUGGCAGAGGCCGAGUUUACUAGGAGCUAAUAUGCAAAGCAUCAACGGAUUCUUUUCCAAUUUAUCGUUUGUUCAUGAAGUGACCAAUCAUACGUUUUGCGUUCGCGCAAUUGUUCGCGGCUCGCGAGAACCAGAUAGAUAUGUUAUGUUAUCCGCUAACGAAGGCAGUAUCAUAAUAGCUCUAGAAUUAGCGCAGGUCCUGGAUAGAAUUUAUUCCGCGCACGAUUGGCGGCCACGACGAAGUUUAAUCUUCUGCAUGUCUCUAAUGGCUUCGGAUCUUUGUGCACGGACUUUGCCUACUUUUAUACAACGAAAAGUUGUAGCUUACAUAGCGGUGCCGGGCCGUUUUACGGAAGCUAACGAUCGCGUGACUUUAGCAGGAUCCGACGUGAUGCGAUCAAUAGCUGUCGACGCUAUCAAUACAAUUCCUGAUGUAAUUGGUAAUUGGAUAUAUCUCGAACAAGUGUUUGAUCGCCGACUUUCUUUGAAUAUUCCGCAAGUGAUAUUUUUGUUUAAUAGUAAUUCUGCAAACAGUCAAACGCAUCAUAAUCAAAGUUUGCAGUCACGCGGUAUAAUUUUAGCGCAGAUGAUUAGUCAAACAAUGUGGCGACUGUCUGAAAGUAUAAUUAUUCGAUGGGAACCAAAAUAUUUUAAUAAAACCGUUAGUGAGAUAUUAGAAUCAAUCGACAGUGAGGUAUUGGAAUCAAUCGAUAGUAGCAAGUUUCAAGAUGCAAAAGAGAAAUUGAAAAGCACGUUGAGAAUAUUACUUGCCGCGGUAAACGAUCUUAAUGCAAAAAUCGAUGCGACGGAGAAUACUCAGAUAUUACGCGUAAGGAUGUGGAAUGAUUUACUUUUGGAUCUAGAUAAGGAGCUUUUAUGCUUCGACGAAAACUUCAACGAAAACUUGCAACAUUCUCAGCCAAUAAUAUUUCGAUUAUUCAAAUCUACCAGUAAUAUUUUGAAUUACCUAAACGAGAUGGCGAAAUGUUAUGAAAAUGCUAUACAAGUUUUACAGGAAAGAUAGAAAAGAAAAAAAGAUAAAUCUUGAUUAUUUAUUGUUAUGCAAUGUAUGUGACGAUAUAUAUUUUUUAUAUAUUUUGUUUUUAUAUGCAAAGUAAUAUAAAAGGCAAAAUAAAUUGAAUCAUUUAAUUUACUAAAA